AUGCAUCUUUUCAUUCAAAAGGCCGGUUUCACACCCCUCCAUGUGGCGGCGUUUGUUGGCUGUGCCGACGCUGCCGUGCUGCUGCUUCAACGAGGAGCUAACCCCAACCAGAUCACCACGCAUGGUGAAACGCCCCUCUAUUUGGCUGUGCGAGGACGCCACCCGGAGACUAUUCGCGUGCUGCUCAAGAAUUCUGCGUUGGUUGACGCACGAGUGCGGGACCAUCAAACUGCACUGCACGUGGCCAUCCGGGCCAAUGACUUAGAAAUUGUCCAGUGCCUUCUGGAGGCCGGUGCUGACGUGAAUGCUGAGGCCCGAGGGAAGUAUCGCCCUCUACACCUAGCUGUCCGGGAGGGAGACCUGGAAAUAAUCCGAAUAUUGCUACAGAAUGGAGCACAGGUUGAAGCCACAACAAAGAGGGGUUAUACAGCCAUGCAUAUUGCUGCAAAGUACGACAAACUAGAAGUCAUGCAAUUACUCAUCACCGAAGGACGUGCCAAUAUUGAUGCGACCGCACGAAACGGUCUCACUCCGCUCCACGUGGCCGCUUUCUACGGAUUUUCCGACGACGGACUGACACCUCUUCAUCUUUCUGCGCAAACCGAUAAGCUAGCCAUUGUCGAUUUUCUCCUGAGUCAUGGAGCCGACUUAACCGCCAAGACCCUGUCAGGUUUUACCCCUCUUCACGACGCCUGUUACAAGGGUAAUCUCCCGGUUGUACAACUGAUGCUGCAACAUCUGGCAAAGGGAGACCGUGAGACCCUCCAAAACCUUCUCUCCAGUCGCACUGUGAUGGGCUGUACUCCACUACACUUGGCAGCACAGCAGGGGCACCUUCAAGUUGUCAGUCUCCUUCUGGAGUACGGUGCCGAUCCCAAUGCCCGCAAUAUGCAAGGAUGGACUGCAGCUCAGAUUGCCAACAAGCAACACUAUCUCAAUGUCUUUGAAACCCUUGCCAAGGUGACUACAAAAGUAGUUGACUGGGAAGUCCCGAGUAUAGAGGGCGCUGGCCCAGACGGCAUUUCCGAUGGGGACCCUGCUCUGGUUGAUGGUUCAAUGGUGUUUGACAGUCCAACACAGAUGAUCGAUCGUGUCCUUGUGGAGAGUGAAGAUGAGAGUGAGUUUGUCGGUGGUUUUUGCGACAAGGUUUUUGAUGAAUCGGUUUCUUUUUAA